CGGAAGUAAACUGACACCAACAAGAAUCAAGACCAACUUGUUGCCUUGACACACAAAUACACACACGUCUUAAAUCGAGCCAACUUCUUUAAGGUAACUUUCCCGGCUGCACUGACUCAUCCACCGCCGCUUUCAGUCAAGUGGGACGAACACCUCCGGGCACUUGACAGCGACUCUGCCGGGCCGCAGCCAUGGCCGAAUCCCAACUCAUGUGCAUGGAGGACGGCCACAUAGGGGCCCCGGUCCCGGAGACCAAGCCGGAGUUCUACUACAGCGAGGAGCACCGCGCCGCCGUCGAGGAGCUCCUAAAGAACGGCGAUGGCGCCUUCAAAAUGCGCUUGAAGGAGGACAAUACCAGGGACUUCCUGUCGGCCAGAGAGGUCAAAAUAUUGACUAGCACGUUCAAGCACUACGAGGAAAUCGGCGAGGAGGACCACGCAGCAGCGGCGGUGGAAUCAAACUCCAUGUCGUCCCCGGAGGACUCGGGGGUUCAUUCCACCUACUGGCCCCAGAUGUCGGACACGGAGGUGCCGCCUCUGGACAUAGGCUGGCCCAGUUGGGGGUUCUUCAAGGGAGUGACCCGGGUGGCGGUCCACACGCAUCCACCCAAAGACAACGGGCCCCACAUUAAGGAAGUGGUGCGCAGACUCAUACAGGGGGCCACCAAGGUGAUCGCCAUCGUCAUGGACUUGCUCACCGACUUGCAGAUCCUACAGGACCUGAUGGAUGCCGCCUGGCGCCGUGCGGUGCCCGUUUACAUCCUGCUGGACAACCACGGCGUACCGCACUUCCUGGACAUGUGCUCCCGGCUGCAGAUCGGCGCCCAGCACCUGCGGAACAUCCGAGCAAGAACGCUCACCGGAGUCGGCUUCAACCUGUCCUUCGGGAGACUUCCUGGUUCCAUGUGCGCCAAGUACAUGCUGGUGGACGGGGACAAGGUGGCGUUUGGAUCCUACAGUUUCUCCUGGGCCACAUCCCGCAUGGAUCGCAACAUGAUCACCGUGAUGACGGGCCAGGUGGUGGAGUUCUUCGACCAGGACUUCCGCGAGCUCUAUGCCAUCUCAGAGAAGUUGGACCUUUUCAAGGAGUUCCACGUGAGCCCGCCGGUCACCAGGAGCGCCACGGUCCGUUCCAAAGUGGGCCCCAAAAGGCCCCCGUUGCCGGCCACCACAUCGCGCUUCCAGGUCAGCUUGGGAGACUCCCGGAAGGAGGGCAUCCAAGUUCCGGCCCACAAGUACUACAAUCCCAAAUACUACCUCCUGUUCCCGGACGUCCCGCACCCUCCCAGGUCUUUGCAGGGGCCGUCCAGGGGGCCGGAUCUGUUACGGAACGCUCAGAUGCUGGAUCCGGGAACGCCGCAAGUCACCAGUAGCGAGAAGCUGGACCGCCUCAGUCCGCUGCCGUCGAUGGCGCCCGAGGAGUUCUUCCAGAAGCCCAAAGGCGUUCCGCAGGAGAAGAAGAAACUGACGCUGAAGCAGAGGCUCUCCAAAAAACUGUCGUCCAGUAAGCUGUCCAUCAACAGCCCCGCCAACAAGGCCGGCCACGCCCCCGUGGGAUCCCCCGGCCACCUGGAGAGCGAUGACAACUUCGAGGUGACUGUGAAGUCGCCUCCCAAGCUUAAACUGCUCAAGAGGCCGUCGACACUGGGACCCAGGACCAACUCCGUACAGACAGUGGACUCCAUGCAGGACACCAUCAGUGUAAAGAGUCACCGUCGGAACAAACAAGUCUGCAAAGUGUCCUGAGGUCACGUCACGGACGUCUUUUUAAAGAUGAUUACUGUUAUUUUCAUUUUCUGAUGGUUUACAAGCACUAAAAUCACUUUCCCCCCCCCCC